AUGGCUUCUCUGACGAAUGCCAGUUCUUCAACUGACCAAAAGCAUUACAGAUACGAGGUCUUCCUGAGUUUUCGAGGCGAGGAUACACGCUUUAAUUUUACGGACCAUUUGUAUACCGCUUUGUGUCAGAGGGGAAUCAAGACCUUCAGAGAUGAUGGGCUCAUAAGAGGAGAAAAAAUAUCAGCGGCACUUGUCAAAGCAAUUGAGGAGUCCAGAGUUUCAAUCAUCGUCUUCUCUCGAACUUAUGCUGCCUCAAGGUGGUGCUUAGAUGAACUGGUCAAGAUACUUGAAUGCAGAAAAUCAAAAAGACAAGAGGUCAUACCGGUUUUCUAUGAAGUGGAUCCCUCAGUCAUAGGUCCGAAGCUGAAUUUAUCAAGGAGAUUGUUGGGGACUUGUCCGCCCGAAUAG